CCUUAAUACCCCGUACGACGCAUAUGGUUAUCAGUAUCAGUCGCUAGUAUCUGCGGCGACACUUGUGCGUCUUCCCCUAACACUGCAGGGCUUCCUUACACCAACUAAUUAUCAAUACUAAGUCAUUACUCAUACUUUGCUUCCACAAAUUUUAAAUAGAUGCAGUCCUUGACAUUAAAACGCAUUUUUCCAUGUUAAAAUAAUGUUACUUGUUUGUUUGAAAUCUUUUUUGGUAGCAGUUUGACCCAACUUCAGUAUGUUUUUUUAAUCAUAAAGAUGUAAAUGUCUAUUCAUGUUUACACUAUGGUGAACAUAGGCACAGAUUAGAUUUUCAUGUCAAUUUUCAGUGGAUCGUAACAGCUGUGUGUUCAUAAUAUUUGUGUUCCUAGUUAUCCGGAUGGAUUUGUUAUUUGAGUGCAAUGACCCUCAGUUCAGCGAGCUGGUGUGGCAGGCCGAGGUGGCUAUCGACAAUGGCAUCUUCCCGGAGAGGAUCUACCAGGGCUCCAGCGGGUCCUACUUCGUCAAGAAUCCUGGCGGAAAAAUCAUCGGCGUGUUCAAGCCGAAGGACGAGGAGCCGUACGGGCGCCUGAACCCCAAGUGGACCAAGUGGAUGCACAAGCUGUGCUGUCCCUGCUGCUUCGGCCGCUCGUGCCUCAUCCCCAACCAGGGCUACCUGUCCGAGGCGGGCGCCAGCCUCGUGGACGCCAAGAUCGGGCUCGGCGUCGUGCCCGACACCAAGGUAGUGAAGCUGGUGUCGGAGACCUUCAACUACCUGCGGAUCGACCGCGAGCGCUCGCGGCUCAAGCGCGCCAUCACGGAGCAGUUCCCCAACCUGCGGUUCAACCGCAUGGGCUUGCCCCCCAAGGUGGGCUCGUUCCAGGUGUUCGUGGAGGGCUACAAGGACGCGGACUACUGGCUGCGGCGCUUCGAGCAGGAGCCGCCGCCGCCGCACGUCAUGCGCAAGUUCCAGCUGCAGUUCGAGCGGCUGGUGGUGCUGGACUACAUGAUCCGCAACACGGACCGCGGCAACGACAACUGGCUCAUCCAGUACGACGCGCCCGACUCGCGCCACGCCGCCAUGACGGAGCCCUCGGAAUGGAACGGCGGGUCGGAGAUCCGGAUCGCGGCCAUCGACAACGGCCUGGCCUUCCCCUUCAAGCACCCCGACUCGUGGCGCGCCUACCCCUACCACUGGGCCUGGCUGCCGCAGGCCAAGCGUCCCUUCAGCCAGGAAACCAAGGAGCUGGUGCUGCCGCUGCUGUCCGACAUGGGCUUCGUGCAGGAGCUGUGCGACGAGCUGCACGUGCUGUUCAAGAAGGACCGCGGCUUCGACAAGGGGCUGUUCGAGCGCCAGAUGUCGGUGCUGCGCGGCCAGCUGCUCAACCUGUCGCAGGCGCUGAAGGACAACAAGAGCCCCGUGCAGCUGGUGCAGAUGCCCGCCGUCGUGGUGGAGCGGUCCAAGGGCGGCUCGUCGUCGGCGCGCUUCUUCGACUCGUUCCAGCAGCGCUUCCAGCACAAGUCGCCCUUCUUCUCGUGGUGGUGAUCCCGAGCGGCCAGGCGGCCGCGCCGGCGGAACUACGGCGUACGGUUUUGUUAUUGACCAUUAGUUAUCGCAAUGUUAUACCGACUGUCGCAGUCUGAAUCGGAAGCGCGCUCGCCGGGACGGGGUGUGGCGGCUCAUAGCGGCCGCACCCCCCGAAGGGCGCGGCGUACUACAGCCCCUACUUUACUCGGUGUACAAAUUAAAAGAAUUGUUGAAUUAUACUCAACUUAUUUAUUUGAAAGGGCUCGCAACGCGGUAAAAAUUCGGUACAUUUUGGAAACUACGUUAUUAAUAGCGAUUUCGUUCGAAUCGAUCUCGGUUUAACGGAAUCAGGGAACGAAAUCCAUUAACCGAUUAACAAACAGUGAGCGUUGAUUGAGUUGAUUGACCGCUCGUAUUCGAUAUGGAUUUUUAUCGUGUAAGAAACCGAUCAAAGAGCAGCUUUAUAUAAACUUGGUUUCACCUGAAUUAAUAUUAGUCAUUGAGAAAAAUAUUUUAAUCUCUAAGUUUCUUAGCUUGUUGCCAGUUCCGGCAUAGAUUGUGCAAUGUCGAAACUCGAGAGCAUUCAUAGGAAUAUUAACUUCAGCAGCCAACCGCGCGCCUCAGACUGACAUCCUCGACAGUAACAACGUUGCGUUGUAAAACGGACGCGUCAAUAUUUAACUGUAUGCGUCACGUAAGUUAAAACUGUCAGUGUUGUACUGAGGGCGCGUGUGUGAUCGGACCCAGCGAGUCGGAGCUUGUCUCAGAUGUUAUGUUAUUUAUUUAUCGUAAGUUAUAUCGAACCCGGGCGAGCUUUCACUGCGCAUUCCUGACCACUAUCGUUCAGGGAAUAAGGUCAGAAGUGCCGUGAGUCGGCGAACGUGUGAUUUAUGGAAACUUUGAUUUUAUGUGAGUUGCCAACAUUACGUUUACAAGUACGGCGGAGUACAGUAAUAAUUGAAGCAUCCGGCUUUAAUGAAAGUAGUUCUGUAAAAUUCAUUUCGUUUUGGCACCUCCCACAAAAUCAUAGUUUACAACAAGAUGUAAUAUGCUAAUUCGUGUGACUGUUCAUAGAUAACAUAGUAAUAUGUAAACUACUAGCGUAUGGACAUUGUGGGAACUGUCGGGCGACGGCUCUCGCACACCGGGACGUUCCUAGGACUUUCCUGCAAUCACUAGUACAUUUCGUAUGGACCACUGCACACUCGCAAAUAAAUGAUUGCUGGAGGAUUCUCGCAAGGCAAUCCUUGUUUCGGCUCGACCCGCCCCGUGUCCGCGAGCCUUAAGGAACCAGUAUCGCAAGAACGCGGUUUUUCUUCCAUUUAUAAAUAAACUAGUGCUGCCCGCGCGCGCCUCUCGUAGUUUUAAGAGCGUCAUAAAAUAUUCCACUUAUUGUUGCUGUAACUACAUUCAGUACACGUGACGCCGGCCGCUCUGUACCAGGCUGCCAUACCAGGCUGGCCGCCGCGAGGGCCGCGCGGGACUGAACAGGUUCACAUUAUCCUAGACAAAAUAGAUAGUUGAAUUGACUUUACUUCUAUUAUAAUAAAUAUACAGUGCAAAGCAUUAUUGUAUUUAUAUCGAGUCAUUUAUUGUUAAUUGUGUACUUGUGAUAAGUUUAUGUGUGGUCAGUUCAAAUUGUUUUUACGUUAUAACCACACCAAUUAUACAUUUUAAAUUAUUGAUUUCCCCGUGUAGUAGUGGACGACUACCGGAUCCGUGUGAUACCGACUCUGGACCUUAUUCUCUUUUGUAUUGUAAUCUUAACUCUCUUAACCACCAUUGGAAAUAAUAAUGAGUAGAGACGUCAAGUGGCAACGUGUUUAUUACAUUAAGGAAUAAAUUUUUUACAUUAUUAAGAUUUCAAUGUCAUAGAGAACCAAGGCCGAGUAAUAGGGUUAACAUGCAUAAUCAAAAUGCAAUCGUGCGAUCUUUUAUAUUUAAAACUGUUUCUAGCUCUGUAUGGAGAAUCUAUGUAUAUAAGCAUACGUAUAAUGAUUGUAUAAUUGGCAAUUUGUAUCUAUUAUAUAAUAAAUAGUUUCAAAAGCUG